AUGAAGUCCGAUAAGAAGAAAGGAGCCCCGGCUCCGCCGCGCAUCGCGGAUGCGCGCUUCAGCAACUUCGAGACGGAUCCCCGAUUUCGCCUCCCCUCCAAAAAGCAUUCAAAGACGAAGCUCGACAAGCGAUUUGCGGGCAUGCUCGACGAUGAAGAAUUCAUAGCCACUUCCACGGUCGACCGAUACGGCCGCAAGGUGAAGUCCGACUCCAAGAAGAAGGCUUUGCAGCGUCUGUACGAAGCCGAAGGCGAUGAGGCCGAGAAGGACGAGGUCGAGAAGGGCGAGGUCGAGAAGGAUGAGGCCGAGGGCGAAGCUGAAAUCGAGGUCGACGAUGAUGAUGUUGUCCAGCGAGAGCUACGAGCUGUUCACGAGCGCGACGAGCGCGCCAACUACGACCCGGCGCGUGGUGGUGGUUUUUCCUCCUCCGAGGACGAGGACUCAUCAGAAGAGGAAGACUCGGACAACGAAGAGGGUGGUGCAGAGCUUGCCACCGAAGGGGACAUGCAAAGGCUGCAAGAUGAACAGGGCGACGUCGAGACCGGUGAAGUCUCGAAACGUAUAGCCAUUGUCAAUCUCGACUGGGAUCACGUCAACUCGACCGAUCUAUUCGCCCUCUUCAACAGCUUCAUCGGCGAUAGCCCCGGGCGUGUAGUCAAAGUAUCCGUGUACCCCAGCGAAUUUGGCAAGGAGCGCAUGCAGAGGGAAGAGGUCGAGGGUCCCCCCAAGGAGCUGUUCAAGGAAGACAAGGCCAACUCCGACAGUGACGAGGAGGAAGACUCGGACGAGGAAGACGAACGGAUCAAAAAUAAGCUCAUUCAAGAAGGCAAUGACCAAGACUUUGACAGUGACGCCCUGCGAAAGUAUCAGCUCGACCGCCUACGAUAUUACUAUGCCGUUAUGGAAUGCUCAGACGAACAGAUUGCCCAGAAAAUUUACGAAGCCACAGACGGCACGGAAUACCAGUCCUCCUCCAACUUUCUCGACCUGCGUUUCGUGCCGGACGAGGUCGACUUUGACGACGAGCCCCGCGACGAGUGCACCAAACUGUCCGACACGUACAAGCCCGUCGAGUUUGUAACGACGGCUCUGCAGAGCUCGAAGGUCAAGCUCACCUGGGAUCUGAAUCCCGAAGAGGCCUCACGCAAAGACUCCAUCAAUCGCGCCUUUACCGGCAGCCGGGCCGACCUCGAGGAGAAUGAUCUCCGCGCAUACUUGGCCAGCGACACGGAUGGUUCAGAUGAUGACGACGGCAACAUGGUGGCCACCUUUGGCGGCGAAGAGGAUGAGGAAAGAGAAGACGUCCAGGACGACGCGGUAGAUGAGGAUAAGCCCAAGCUGUCCAAGAAGGAGCUUGCGCGUCAGAAGAUGCGCGCGGCGCUCGGUCUGGGGGCUGAACCGGCAGCCAAGCCGGCCAAGGGCCGCCCCGUGGGCGAGAUGCAAAUCACAUUUACCCCCGCCCUCUCCGAGGCCGAUGCCAAGAAGCCCGCCGUCGGCGAGGAGGAGACGACCAUUGAAAAGUAUCAGCGCAAGGAACGCGAACGCAAAGAACGCAAGCGCGAGGCCGCGCGUGCCCGCCGCACCGCCGCCAACGGCGAGACGCCCCAGGAGGCCGCUGCGAGCAGCGAAGACGAAGAUGCCGGCAUGACCAUGACAUAUGACGGGGAUAACGCCGACGGGGAUGAUCUCGGCUUCGACGACCCCUUCUUCACCUCGGAGGCGCCCGCGGAGGCGUCCAAGUCGUCCGUCCGCAAGGCCGAACGCCUCAAGAAGCGCGAGGCGCGCCUCGCCGCCGACGCCACCAACGCCGCCGAGCGCGCGGCCCUCCGCGAAGUCAUGGCCGCCGACAAGAACGACACGGGCACUGCCGACCACCUCGACCACUUUGACAUGAAGGAGAUUCUCCGCGCCGAGAAGUUGCAGCGCAAGCAGGACGCGGCCAAGGGGAGCAAGAGCAAGAAGCGGGCGGCGGCGGCGGCGGAGAAGAAGAAGAGUAGCGAUGGCGCGGCCUUGCAAAAAGAUUUUGAAAUGGAUGUGGGGGAUAAGCGCUUCCAGGCCGUCUUUGACAGCCACGAGUACGCGAUUGACCCGUCCAACCCCAAAUUUACGGGGUCAAAGGGCAUGCAAAAGCUGCUUGAGGAGGGCCGGCGGCGCAAGAGGGGCCUGGUGGAGGGGUCGGCGGGACAGGAGGCGACGAGGAAGAGCAAAAAGGCCAAGUCAAAGCCUUGA